CCCCGGGCUUAGCUGGUGUAUAAUGCGUCGCUGUGUCCUCUUCAGACGUCUUAAUGAAGUAGCCAGCUGUGGGGGAAUCCGGAUCGUUAGGCGCAAAAUGGCUUUCCAUGUGGAAGGACUCGUGGCGAUCAUCGUGUUCUACCUUCUAAUCCUGCUGGUUGGAAUAUGGGCCGCCUGGAGAACCAAAAACAGCGGCAGCGCCGAGGAGCGCAGCGAAGCCAUCAUCGUUGGUGGCCGCGACAUUGGCCUGUUGGUGGGUGGAUUUACCAUGACCGCUACCUGGGUCGGAGGAGGGUAUAUCAACGGCACAGCUGAAGCAGUUUAUGUACCAGAUUACGGGCUAGCUUGGGCUCAGGCGCCAAUCGGAUAUUCUCUUAGUCUGAUUUUAGGUGGUCUGUUCUUUGCAAAGCCCAUGCGUUCCAAGGGGUAUGUGACCAUGUUAGACCCGUUUCAGCAGAUCUAUGGAAAGCGCAUGGGUGGUCUCCUUUUUAUUCCUGCACUCAUGGGAGAAAUGUUCUGGGCUGCAGCAAUUUUCUCUGCACUGGGAGCCACCAUCAGCGUGAUCAUUGACGUGGACGUGCAUGCUUCUGUCAUCGUCUCUGCACUCAUUGCCACUCUGUACACCCUGGUAGGUGGGCUCUACUCGGUGGCGUAUACAGAUGUCGUUCAGCUCUUCUGCAUUUUCGUAGGGCUGUGGAUCAGUGUCCCUUUUGCACUGUCACAUCCUGCAGUCGCCGACAUCGGGUUCACUGCUGUGCAUGCCAAAUACCAGGAGCCCUGGCUGGGAACUGUUGAAUCAUUUGAUGUCUACACUUGGCUUGAUAGUUUCCUAUUGUUGAUGCUGGGUGGAAUCCCCUGGCAGGCCUACUUCCAGAGAGUCCUGUCUUCAUCCUCAGCCACCUAUGCUCAAGUGCUGUCCUUUCUAGCAGCUUUCGGGUGCCUGGUGAUGGCUCUUCCAGCCGUUCUCAUCGGGGCCAUUGGGGCAUCCACAGACUGGAACCAGACUGCAUACGGGCUUCCAGAUCCCAAGGAUAAUGAAGAAGCAGACAUGAUUUUGCCAAUCGUUCUGCAGUACCUCUGCCCUGUAUCCAUUUCUUUCUUUGGCCUUGGUGCAGUUUCUGCUGCUGUCAUGUCAUCCGCAGAUUCUUCCAUCUUGUCAGCAAGUUCAAUGUUUGCUCGGAAUAUCUACCAGCUUUCCUUUAGACAAAAUGCAUCCGACAAAGAAAUCGUGUGGGUGAUGCGAAUCACAGUGUUUGUGUUUGGAGCAUCCGCCACGGCCAUGGCCUUGCUGACGAAGACCGUGUAUGGGCUGUGGUACCUCAGCUCCGAUCUCAUCUACAUCAUUAUCUUCCCCCAGCUGCUCUGUGUCCUCUUUGUCAAGGGGACCAACACCUAUGGGGCCGUGGCAGGUUACGUUUCUGGCCUUUUCCUGAGGAUCACUGGAGGGGAGCCCUACCUGUACCUGCAGCCCGUGAUCUUCUACCCUGGCUAUUACGCUGAUAAGAAUGGUAUAUACAACCAGAGAUUCCCAUUUAAAACACUGGCCAUGCUCACCUCAUUCUUAGCCAACAUUUGCAUCUCUUACCUAGCCAAAUAUCUGUUUGAAAGUGGAACCCUGCCACCAAAAUUAGAUGUAUUUGAUGCUGUUGUUGCAAGGCACAGUGAAGAAAACAUGGAUAAGACAAUUCUGGUCAACAAUGAAAAUAUUAAAUUAGAUGAACUUGCACCCGUGAAGCCUCGACAGAGCAUGACUCUGAGCUCAACUUUCACCAAUAAAGAGGCAUUCCUUGACAUUGACUCCAGUCCAGAAGGGUCUGGGACUGAGGAUAACUUGCAAUGACCCCAUCUAAAUAAAAGGCUGCUUUCUCAAACAGAGCGCUCUAACAGGGUAGUCCUGGAAAGAUGGUUUACAGCAUAUAAAAUAUAAUAAAAAUAUUAAAAAUUUUCAGGAGGGCAAUAAUUCAUAUAAAGUGCAAUUGCACAAAUACAAGUCAAGCUAGAAGAAAGUACAUAUGAAAGAGACAACUUUCCCAUCCAUAGUAGUGUUGAUUUUGAUGUUAGAUAGUUUUGUUAUAUAUUAAAAAAUGAAUAAAGAACAGAGGGCCAAGCAGAAUAUUUAUCUUUAUUAUGCAAAAUAGUAGCUAUGAAAGAUCCUAAUAAAAAGGAAGUUGGAUAGUCUCAAUACAAACCUUGUUUGCUAGUGCAUCGAUGAGUCUAGUUUAAUGACCCAACUGAAGCUAUGAAAAUAACUCCCAGUAACUCCAAAGAAUGGUGCCAUGAAUCUACCAGAUGAUUGUUCUUGGUGUGAUGAUUAACCCCUUCUUUUAUAUCCUGAGCUACAAAAUUGACUGAAUAUGUAAUCUUUUUUGUUUUAAGCAAUGGCAUGUAAUAUUCUGAGCACAGACAAAAA